AUGGGCCACAGCUCGUAUUCACGUCUCCUUGUUCCAUUCAUGCCGAGGUCAGCCCCGACCUGCUUCCACGCGGGGGUUGGAGAAGCGAAUUCGGAGCGCCAACCAAACAUUCGUCGCAAGCGCUUGAGCACGCUCCGUAAAGGCUCGGCAGCGAGACCAGCGAUGCGCGAUCUGGGUAUCUUGCAGAUAGUUAGUUACCUGCAUGCACUAAUAAUUCAUUAUUUCCUUGCCAACGCACUUGCUAACGACUCCCUGCAUCGUGCUGGUUAA